CCCCUGGUACUUCUGUGAGCCGUAAUCUGCUGCCUUCUUCGUUGCCACCAUAUCAACAGAUCGACCUGAUUAUUACCAUUUCGUUUUUCAGAUCGGUAGAAGUGUUACAGCUCUCUGUGGAAGGCCUCUGAUUCCUCCUUACAUUGUCAGGCCGAGUUUAUCACUGGCUGAACAAUGGCGAAGCGAGGGUUAGAAACCGAGUAUUCUGUUCUGGAGGAUGCGAGGGGGGAUUCGGAGGAAACCAAACGACAUAAACGCGAAAAGGACGAGGGAGUGGCUAGGCUCGAGGAGAUGAUGGUCGCCCUCAGAAAUAAGGUGGAAUUUCUAGAAAAGGUCGUCGUAGAAGACAGGGAGGCGAGUAGGGACAGAAUAAGCGAGCUAAGGGAUGAGCUAGCACGGGAGAGGGCUGCUAGGGAGGAGAGGGAAGAGGAGAUAGCCGCACUGGAAGUGCGACUUGCGCAGACGGAGGAAUUGCUGGUACAACAGAGGCACGAGAUGAAAAACAUCUGGGAGGCCAUUCCUGCAGCAACUAAUCACCAUCCCACCGACGAGGACAUUCAGAUCGUCAAUCUCCACCCUGAAACAACCGAAAUCACACUUAAUGACACUUGGCGACUGACCAUGUUCGGUUUCAUCCACCUCUCCUGCAUGCGAUCCCUCAAAAGCAUCUCCAUUGUGGGAAAUCUCGAGAAGCCUGCUCUCCUGCAGCUCUACUCCAUGACAUGGCUGGAGGAGUUGAAACUUGAAUCGGUCACUGAGCCCAUGGUGCCAGAAAUAAAAAAUCUUUGGGCACUUCGCCAUCUGGAGUUGCGUGAUACUCCUAUUUCAGGUAACGGUCUUGCUAACCUCGCAGCGCUGUCCUCUUUACAGAGUCUUGUUCUGUCACAGCAGUUGGGGAUUAGUUUCACAUCUGAUACCAUGGUAUAUGUGGGGAAGCUUGGGAAUCUAGAGCAUUUGGAUAUUGCUAAUACCCAGGUGUGCGAUUACGGCUUAUGGUGUCUAGCCGCUCUGGUCAAGUUAAGAUGGCUGAGUCUCCCACGGAGCAUCACUUAUCGAGGAAUGGAGUAUCUGAAGUCCUUCAAGUCUCUCAAAACCCUUCUGCUGAGAUUUUUAUCUAACCUGUAUAGUGUAGAAUGCCUGAAGACCUUUCCUUAUCUCGAAAACGUUGGGGUAGGCGAUUACCAGGCGCUCGAAAGGGUGCAGAAGGCUCUUCCAAACUUGAACUCGUUCGUUAUUGGAACAUGAAAUUUACAUCCAGUUCGUUUGUUG